AACCGGCUGGUGGCCCCGCCCCUCCCCCGCCCGCUGCGGGGGCGGAGUUGCUUGGGUCCCGCCCACGGGGGCGGGGAGGCAGCCGCGGCCACCGGCAGCUCCGAUUCGGCUGGUUCCGGGUUGAGAGGCUGCGCUGGACCGAAGCGGUGGCUGAUAAGCCCGCAGGGGUAAGGGGUCGCGCUGGGCCAGGGUUUGGGGCCAGGAUCCGGCAGCUGAGCGGGCCGGCACCCCUCCUCUUCUGUGCCGGUCACAGCCAAUGUACGGCUCGGCCUGGCUGCCCCCUCCCUCAGGAUUCCCCAUCCCCAGCUUCUCGCCCUCCCCGCACCGCCCCCACUCCGGGAUUUCGACCCCCUCAAGGGCUCCACCCCGCUCCGGGAUCCCCUUCUCCCAGCUCCUAUCCCUUAGGACUGCCCCGCCCCCUAGAACCUCCCCGCCAGGAUCUCGGUCCCUCAGCCGCUCACAGCCUCCUCCCAGCGCCCAUCGCCUUGAGCUUCCCACUACCUCUAGACCGCCCUCCCGGGCUGGCGUCCCAGGGAGUCUCAGCCGCGCACCCCUUCCUCGCGUUACCCUCCUUCCGGACACCACCCCCUCCCUUCUCCGGUAGCUCCUACCCCUGCCUGUGCGGGCCUCGUCCCCGCGCCCAGCCCUCGGUGCUGCCUCCGACAGCGCCGCGCUCUCUCAGCCGCCCCCCUGCCCCUCGGGCCCCCCUCUCUGCUGCCCCCGGCGCCAUGGCGUGCAGCCUCAAGGACGAGCUGCUGUGCUCCAUCUGCCUGAGCAUCUACCAGGACCCGGUGAGCCUGGGUUGCGAGCACUACUUCUGCCGCCGCUGCAUCACCGAGCACUGGGUGCGGCAGGAGGCGCAGGGCGCCCGCGACUGCCCGGAGUGCCGGCGCACGUUCGCCGAGCCCGCGCUGGCGCCCAGCCUCAAGCUGGCCAACAUCGUGGAGCGCUACAGCGCCUUCCCGCUGGACGCCAUCCUCAACGCGCGCCGCGCCGCGCGACCCUGCCAGGCGCACGACAAGGUCAAGCUCUUCUGCCUCACGGACCGCGCGCUGCUCUGCUUCUUCUGCGACGAGCCUGCGCUGCACGAGCAGCAUCAGGUCACUGGCAUCGACGACGCCUUCGAGGAGCUGCAGAGGGAGCUGAAGGAGCAACUUCAGGCCCUUCAAGACAGCGAGCGGGAGCACACUGAAGCGCUGCAGCUGCUCAAGCGACAACUGGCGGAGACCAAGUCUUCCACCAAGAGCCUGCGGACCACUAUCGGCGAGGCCUUCGAGCGGCUGCACCGGCUGCUGCGCGAGCGCCAGAAGGCCAUGCUAGAGGAGCUGGAGGCGGACACGGCCCGCACGCUGACCGACAUCGAGCAGAAAGUCCAGCGCUACAGCCAGCAGCUGCGUAAGGUGCAGGAGGGAACCCAGAUCCUGCAGGAGCGCCUGGCCGAAACCGACAGGCACACCUUCCUGGCUGGGGUGGCCUCACUGUCCGAGCGGCUCAAGGGAAAAAUCCACGAGACUAACCUCACAUAUGAAGACUUCCCGACUUCCAAGUACACAGGCCCCCUGCAGUACACCAUCUGGAAGUCCCUGUUCCAGGACAUCCACCCAGUGCCAGCCGCCCUAACCCUGGACCCGGGCACAGCCCACCAGCGCCUGAUCCUAUCGGACGACUGCACCAUUGUGGCUUACGGCAACUUGCACCCACAGCCGCUGCAGGACUCGCCAAAGCGCUUCGAUGUGGAGGUGUCGGUGCUGGGUUCUGAAGCCUUCAGUAGCGGCGUCCACUACUGGGAGGUGGUGGUGGCGGAGAAGACCCAGUGGGUGAUCGGGCUGGCGCACGAAGCCGCAAGCCGCAAGGGCAGCAUCCAGAUCCAGCCCAGCCGCGGCUUCUACUGCAUCGUGAUGCACGAUGGCAACCAGUACAGCGCCUGCACGGAGCCCUGGACACGGCUCAACGUCCGGGACAAGCUUGACAAGGUGGGCGUCUUCCUGGACUACGACCAAGGCUUGCUCAUCUUCUACAAUGCUGAUGACAUGUCCUGGCUUUACACCUUCCGCGAGAAGUUCCCUGGCAAGCUCUGCUCUUACUUCAGCCCUGGCCAGAGCCACGCCAAUGGCAAGAACGUUCAGCCGCUGCGGAUCAACACCGUCCGCAUCUAGUCCAGGCCGAAGGAGACCACAGCCUCCUGGGACCACUGCCACCUGCAAGAGCCCUGCCCAGGAGAUAGACGACCUGGACUCCGGCCCACCGUGGCCACUGGAGACCUCAGGCCAGUUGUUUACCCUCCAGCCUCCAGUCUGUAAAAUGGAGGUUGCAUUCCCUACUUCCUAAACCCUCUUCCAGCAUCAAUGUUCUGUAGCUCUGACCUUGAUGGGGAUACAGCUUUGAUCCAAGGAUGUGACAUGGCUUCUCCUCAGGGCAACCCCUGCCCAACCCUCAUCCCCAUUCUCUCAGGGGCAGGGGACUACCUACUAGUGUCUCCCUCCAGCCCAGCCCUGGCCUCAGGAAGUGUCAGAGCAUGGCCAGUAGUUGGCAGCCCGAAAGACACACAGCACCCUCUUAUGUCCCAUGGCCUAAGACUUGCCCCUGACCAAGCUAGUGAUGGGCCAUUUACCCUUCACCCCAGUCCACAGUGGACACAGGUAGUACCUGGUCCUAGGGUUGCCUGAGAGCCAACCUCUCCUGCCACCCCCACACCAAGAACUAUAUGGUUCCUGCUUUUCCCACUGAUCUGCUGGUCAGUGAUGAUGCUGUGGCCUGUGGAAGGCACCUGCUAGUUGAGUCCACGCGUUAUAGUCAUGUGCCACCACCUUCCUGCCCACAGGCCCAGGGACAGGGUCAGGGUAUAGCCAAAGCUGAUGCAGAGCCCAUUAGCCUAAAAGCAACUGCAGGACAAGCCUCCCUGGAUGAUCGAGGUCCCCAGGAGCUCUGAACAAGAGUCCAGCCAACCCUCUUCAGCCAGGCCUCUGUGACCUGCUAGGGUGCAGGAGGCUUCCAGAAGCAGGUGUUGUAAUUAGGACCCAAGCACUGGGAGGGGCUGUUGGCUGGACCCCUUGUCAGACUUGGCAUCUAUCUCAGUUAGGAUCCUGCUGCAGAAAACAAGAGCCACUUGUAGCUGGUUUAAUUAGACAAGGAUUUACUACCUGGCCCCUGGUGGUUUGCAAAAUUGUUGGAAGAGCUGGAGAAGCAGACUCUGCUGAAUUUCCAGGAACAACUCCCAGCGCUAGAUUCAUCAUGUCUGUUGUGACCAGGAAAGCUGCCCCCAUCUGCAGGAAGCCACUGCGCCAGAAAGCUGCUGACUGCAGAACUAGGCUCCCUCUGCCACGGUCCGUGCCAGCCAAUAGAUGUCCUGAGGCCUGCCCCUCUCCCACUUCACUCAGUUCCCAAAUCUAAAUUUUUACAAGAGAUUCUGUUUGGGGGAACUUAAGUCAGAUCCAGAACUUUGGGUGCAAGGGAGUCUGGGAAAUGUCGUUUUCCUCUUUCCAACUUUAGGAAAUGUCGUUUUCCUCUUUCCAACUUUAGUCAUACAAGAAGGCUCACCAGAAGGAAGUUAGGGUGGGUGGAGCAAGCCCCACCUGCGUUUUUUUGCCACAGCAUCCAAUCGUGAAGAACUCGGGAGAGGGUGGAGUCCACAUCUAGGGUUGUCCUGCCCCUUGGCUCUAUUCCUGUCCAGAGGUGGGAACUGGAGGAGUGGGCUGCAAGACUGAGCCGAAAUAUCUCCCCAGCCUUGACUUUUCUUUCUAGUCCUGGGGCCUAGAUUCUGCACUUGGGGUCUCUGACACAACACACCAUCCCAAAGAAGCCAGAAGAGCUAAACAUAGGAGGUUCUUACAAUGGCUGCCCCCCCACCCGGGCCUCCCUUGGGCAAAAGGAAUUGUCAGCCCUACCCCAACCCUUCAACUACCAGAAUCUGGGCCACCCCAGCAGUAUUUUUAUUUAAAAUGUUGCCCAUUUUAUGAGUUAUGAUCAAUUUGUAUUAAAUUAAAGUUACAGAUGUCAGUA